AUGAGGAUUUUGAAGGCUAUUCCCGCCGUACCAUGGCUUGCCUCAAUUGCCCUGGCCGUUCCUCAUGAUAAGCAGAAGGCCCAGAAUGUGGAUGUCAUGGUCCAGCAGAUCAAGGCAACUUCAGAGAUGGACAUUACGGUCGUGAGCCAGGAUUCUUCUCAGGUCCUGGGAUAUGCUUGCUCAAAUAUCCUCAACUCAGGUGUCUUUGCUGAAAAGCCCAUUACCGCCACUUUGGACGAGAAUGGUGCCGGCACCCUUGCCGUUGGCAAUCAGAUGUAUAUCGUUAACGAAGAUCCCGAGACUUCUGGUGGUAUUACUUGCUCUCGAACAUAUAACGAUGUCGAGAGUUUUAUCCUCUGUGCUGUGUCACUGCCUGCUUCUCUCCCGUUGACCCCAAUCAGGAGCAGGGAUAAAACAAGCUGCUUCAGCAGUGGGAAUACCCCAAGCUUACAGGCAAUUUUCCGCUCCAUUCUUGCUCAAAACAAAGCCCCUGAAACGGAAAUAACAAACAUAAUCCAGAGGGACGAGCCGCCUACGCUGCACAAGCGACAGGCCCCAUGCGGUCAAUGGAGCUCAAGCACCCAGAUUGUCGGGGAUGGAGACCCGCACCAGAAUUACCUCCACACACAGCUUAGUGAAAAUGUCAACUGUGGCGAGGCAACAAGCUGUACUGUCGGUCAGACGGAGAGCAUCUCUUAUACCAUCGGCUGGAGCGCUACUGCCACUGCAUUUGAAUGGCUUACGGGCGGCUUUUCCGUGAGCGUGAGCUGGACGACCGGGAAUACGUACUCCUGUACCGGUAGCAGCAACGACACUGUGUGCGUCUGGUACAACACAGCUCAUACUGCGUAUACCGUCCAGAAUGGAGCGUAUAAUGACUGCACGGGUUUUAGUCCCUCCGGCGGAACCUUGAUCAUGCGCUCGCCCAAUUCCAAUAACGUGGGUGGUGGGUACAAUUGUAUCAUUGGUACAUCCUGCAGCUCUCAAGGCGCUAAUUAUUGGGACUACAACGGUCCUGCUGGGGGCCCGCAGUAA